CAUGGCUGCGGCGCCGGCUGUGCUGCUUCUCUGGCUGUUGGCGCUCCUGCCGCCCCAGCGGGUGCCGGCGCAGCCCCACGCGAGCGCGGGCCGGCGCUUCUCGGAGCACAAACUCUGCGCGGACCACGACUGCAGCAUGUUAAUGUACCGGGGUGAGGCUCUAGAAGAUUUCACAGGCCCAGAUUGUCGUUUUGUGAAUUUUAAAAAAGGUGACCCUGUAUAUGUCUACUAUAAACUGGCAGGGAGACCACCUGAAGUUUGGGCUGGAAGUAUUGGACGUAUUUUUGGAUAUUUUCCAAAGGAUUUAAUCAAAGUAGUCCAUGAAUAUACUAAAGAAGAGCUACAAGUUCCAACAGAUGAGACAGAUUUUGUUUGUUUUGAUGGUGGAAGAGACAAUUUUGAUAAUUAUAAUGUAGAAGAACUUUUAGGGUUUUUGGAAUUAUACAAUUCUGCAACUGGAGAUUCUGGGAAAGCUGUAGAAAAAACUUCUCUGCAUGUGCAUGUGGAAAAAACUCCUGAAGUAUCUAAGGAAAAUGAACCUGAACCUGAACCAGAAGAAGCCAGCUCAGAGGAAAACAAAAGUGUGUUUCUAGAAAACACUAAUGAUCUCAAGGAACGGUUUAUAGCUGAGAAGAACCAUGCAAACAGUCAAAUGGGUGAUGCUAAGGGAGAGCAGUUUUUGUUUGAACCUCUUGAAGAAAUGCUGCAAGAUCAAUUAAAAGUGCCAGAAAGUGAAAACAACAAAACCAGCAAUAGUUCUCAGGUUUUGAGUGAACAGGAGAAGAUUGAUGCUUAUAAACGUUUGCAAAAGGACAUGACUCUGGACUUGAAAACCAAAUUUGGCUCAACUGCUGAUGCACUUGUAUCUGACGAUGAGACAACCAGACUUGUUACUUCUUUAGAAGAUAAUUUUGCUGAGGAAUUGGAUGCUGAGUAUUACACAUUUGAAAAAGAAGAGGAGAAUAAAGAAAACUUUGACGAGCUACCAUUACUAAUCUUUACAAGUGAAGAAGAUAUGAAAACUCCAGUGAAGUCUGGAGUUGAGAAAUAUUCAACAGAUAAAGAGCAGAAUUCAAAUGGAGAGGAUAAGGUUGAGAUAACUCUGCCUCCUGCCAUCAAAAAGGGUGAUAAAACUAUACUAACAACUUGGGGGGAUACUAUCUUCUCUAUUGUCACGGGAGGUGAAGAGAAAACAGGUGUGAUGGAUUUAGAGAGUCCUUCUUCAGAGGAAGAAAAGGAAGAUGAUGAUUCAUUCAUCCCAGAUAGCAAACCGGAGACACCAAGAUCAGCCAUAGAUUAUACUGGCCCUGAAAAUGUAGAAGACGGUCUUUUGAGUGUAGAAGUCCCUGAAAGAAAUAAUGGGAAAGACCCAGAAGUGGACACAGAACUUCACAUUAGAGGCAAAAGGAGGGAAGUUCAAGAACCUGAGAGGGGCCUGGUACAAAGUGAGAGUGAAUUAGACGGUGAGAGGCAGGAGGAGAUGGCUGUGCACAGCUCUACUCCAGACAGUAACCUUGACUCUUUAUUAGCUGCUGAAAAUGGUAAAGACAUAUUAAAAUCUGCCUCUGGAGACAGAGAAAAUGACCAAAAUGGAGCAGCUAUUCAUGUCUCAGAAGGUACACUCCACGGAGAAAAGCCUGGGGAGCAGAUUUUGGAAGGUGGCUCAGAGAGUCGAUCUGUACAUAAUGCUGCAGGGAAUCAAAUGAAUGAAGGAAAGAUUAAACGGGAAUCCUUGGACAUUGUGCCACUUUUGGGAGAUAGUCCACAUAAUGCAUCCAGAGACAGUGUGGCAGAAGUGAAUGUUUUGGUAAGUGAACCAGAACCACACAUGCCUUCAAUGGAGCAUCAACAUGAGGAAUUUAAAGAGGAAGUAUUUCUUAAAACUCAAAAUCAGCCUAGAUUCUCCUCUCCACAUAAAAUCGGUUUGCUGAGAGAACAGAAAGCAGAGGCUCCCUCUCCAGGAAGAAAUCUUUCCGAGCAACGAGGAAGAGCUGUGGCCACUGCAGGCAGCAAGCGUGUGAGUGAGAAGACGAGGCCCGCUGCGGCAGAGGUCAGCGAGGACUCCUCCGGCACGCGGGAGGCAGACCAGACUGACAGCGCACGAGGGCCAGGUUUCCAUGCGGAAAAUCCAGAAGCAGAAGAGGAUGACUAUCCCCCUGAAGAGCUACUGGAAGAUGAAAAUGCUGUCAUUGCAAAACAGUCUAGAGAGAAGAGCCCUGGGACUCAAGACAGGCAGGCAGACGUAAAUGUGCAAGUCACCAAUAGAGCAAUUUUCAGAACCAUGAACCCUGAUCUGGAAACUGAAGAAAACGAACAAGAAACCAGUAUGAUUUUGGAUACUAAAAGAAAAAGUGAAACCGCGGCUGAAGGAGUAGACACAAUAGGCAGGGACCCAGUCAGUUUGGUGGUGGAAAAAGAAGGGAGCCCUCUGGUAGAUAAGAAAGCACAGAAACCGUCUGACAUAAGUUACUUCCCGGACAAGGAGAAAACUAGGACUCCAGAGCUAGGCGAAGCAUUUCAGAAUAAAGAUGAUCUGAAGAAAGAGAACCCAGAGGAACCCCUCGUGGUUGCAGAGAAGCCUGGGGGAGAACUCUUAAAAGAGGACCACGAGGAUAUAGAGAAAAUCAUGGACACAGAAUACCAGGGGUCUGUUUCGGAAGAACUUGAAGAUGACCUGUCCCACUGGACUCCACAUACACCUGUAGAUGUACACAUACAUCAGCACAGUGACCAUAGGGAGGACUUGCGUAUAAUAAGCAGCUUCUUUAAAGAAGAGCAGUCUUUGCAGCGGUUCCAGAAGUACUUCGAUGUCCAUGAGCUGGAAGCCAUGCUACAAGAAAUGUCAUUAAAGCUGAAGUCAGCACAGCAGGAGAGCCUGCCCUACAAUGUGGAAAAAAUCCUUGAUAAAGUCUUCCGUGCUUCUGAGUCACAAAUUCUGAACGUAGCAGAGAACAUGCUUGAUACACGUGUGUCCAAGAACAGAGAUCUGGCAAUGAAGGGAGAUAAUAUAUUUGAAGAGGCUGCAGUGCUAGAUGACAUUCAAGACCUGAUCUAUUUUGUCAGGUACCAGCACUCUACAGUGGAUGAGACUGCCCCACUGGUAAUGGCACCACGCCUAGAGGAGGGCUGGCGCAGACCCAUGGAAGAGAAGCAACCACCACGUGAAGAUCUCCCACAAGAGAGUACGGAAGACCUUAGUAUGCAGGGAACUGCAGCGCUCAGCCACUUGGAUCAGCCCACAACUGAUGACACAGGAGCCUCAGAGGUAUCACAGUUGCCAGAUACUGAAAACAACUUAGACCCAGGGCUAACAGUAGAAGGCAGUCCUGUCACUGCUGUUGAUGCAAGAAAGCAACUAGAGACAAAUGCUGAAGAGCCAGCAAGUGUUACACCUUUGGAAAAGACAAUUCUUUCAGUAUUUUCAUUCAUGUUUUAUUUAACUAAGAUGUUUGUUGCUACGUUGCCUGAUGAUGUUCAGCCUGGGCCAGAUUUCUAUGGACUGCCAUGGCAACCUGUACUUGUAACAGCCUUCUUGGGAAUUGUUUCAUUUGUUGUAUUCUUCUGGAGAACUGUCCUUGUUGUAAAGAGUAGAGUUUAUCAAGUCACUGAACAGCAAAUAUCUGACAAGGUGAAAAACAUCUCAAGAGAAAAUAGAGAACUUGUACAGAAGUUGUCAGAUUAUGAACAAAAGAUUAAGGAAUCAAAGAAGUAUAUUCAAGAAACCAAGAAACAAAAUAUGAUUCUUCGUGAUGAAACAAUUAAAUAUAAGGAUAAAAUCAAGACACUUGAAGAAACUAAUGAAAUUCUGGAUGACACAGCUAAAAGACUUCGUGUUACGUUAGAAUCUGAGCGAGAACAUACUGUCAGGAAUCAGGACUUGAUAUUAGAAAACAGGAAAGCUAUAGAGAAGUUAAACAAUGUUAUCUCCAUGAACGCUUCAGAAUUUUCAGAGGUUCAAGUUGCUCUUAAUGAAGCUAAGCUUAGUGAAGAGAAGGUGAAGUCUGAAUGCCACCGGGUUCAAGAAGAAAAUGCUAGGCUUAAGAAGGAGAAAGAACAGUUGCAGCAGGAAAUCAGAGACUGGAGUCAAUCAUAUGCCGAACUCAGUGAGCAAAUCAAAUCCUUUAAGAAGUCUCAGACGGAUUUAGAAGUAGCUCUUACUCACAAAGAUGAUAAUAUUAAUGCUUUGACUAAUUGCAUUACACAGUUGAAUCGGUUAGAGUAUGAGUCUGAAUCUGAGAAUGAAAAUAAAGGAGGAAAUGAGUCAGAUGAAUUAGCAAAUGGAGAAGUGGGAGGUAACCGGAAUGAGGAAAUGAAAACUCGAAUUAAGCAGAUGAUGGAUGUCUCUCAGACACAAAAUACAAUAUCAGUAGUUGAAGAGGAUCUAAAACUCUUACAAUUUAAGCUAAGAGCCUCGAUGUCCACAAAAUGUAACCUGGAAGAUGAAAUAAAGGAAUUAGAAAAGGACCGUAGUUCACUGCAGUCUGCCAAAGCUGGACUGGAGGAUGAAUGUAAAACCCUGAGGCAGAAAGUGGAGAUUUUGAGUGAACUAUACCAGCAGAAGGAGAUGGCUCUGCAAAAGAAAUUGAGUCAAGAAGAGUAUGAGCGGCAAGAAAGAGAGCAGCAGCUGUCAACUGCUGAUGAGAAGGCGGUUUUAGCUGCAGAGGAAGUAAAAACUUACAAGCGGAGAAUUAAAGAAAUGGAGGAAGAAUUGCAGAAAACAGAGCGCUCAUUUAAAGACCAGAUUGCUGCUCAGGAGAAAAAAGUGCAUGAUAACUGGCUAAAAGUUCGUGCUGCAGAAAGGGCUAUAGCUGAAGAGAAAAGGGAAGCCGCUGACCUGAGACACAAAUUAUUCGAAAUAACUCAAAAGGUGGCACUGCAGCAAGAAGAGCCUGUGAUUGUAAAACCAAUGCCAGGAAGACCAAACACACAAAACCCUCCACGGAGAGGUCCUCUGAGCCACAAUGGAUCGUUUGGCCCAUCCCCUGUGAGUGGUGGAGAAUGCUCCCCUCCACUGGCAGCAGAGCCACCUGGGAGGCCUCUCUCUGCUACGCUCAACCGAAGAGAUAUGCCUAGAAGAGAAUUUGACCCAGGAUCUGGUGCAGCUGCCGUGAUGAACAGCAACUCAAGAAGCUCUUCCCCUUCUAAGGUGAUGGACGAGGGCAAGCAAACUGUUCCCCAAGAGCCUGAAGGCCCUUCAGUUCCCAGCAUUACUUCUUUGGCUGAGCAUCCAGGAGCAGUUAAUAUGGCUCCUAAAGCACCCCCGCCUCCUUUUCCGGGGGUGCCCCCCAUGAGCUCCCUGGUUGGAGGCCCCAUCCCACCACCCAUUCGAUAUGGACCACCUCCACAGCUCUGCGGGCCUUUCGUGCCUCGGCCAUUUCCUCCACCAUUCGGUCCUGGUAUGCGUCCACCACUAGACUUAAGAGAAUAUGCACCAGGCGUUCCACCUGGAAGACGGGACCUGCCUUUUGACCCUCGGGGAUUUGUACCAGGACACACACCAUUUAGACCUUUUGGCUCUCUUGGCCCGAGAGAGUACUUUAUUCCUGGUAGCCGAUUACCACCCCCAACCCAUGGCCCCCAGGAUUACCCACCACCACCUGCUGCAAGAGACUUACUGCCUUCGGGCUCGAGAGAGGAGCCUUUACCUGCCUCUCAGAGCAGUAGCCAGGACUGUUCACAGGCUUUAAAGCAGAGCCCGUAACUAUAACCUCUGACAGUUGGUUGGGGAGAAAGUGGACUAUACACUAUUCAUUACAGUAAAGGACUUCAUUGGCUUCAAAAUCCAGAAGUUCACUUUAACAUUUUUGUUUUAGAAAUAAGCUGCCUUGGCAGUGUGCUUUUUGAGCCAAACAAUUCAAAAAUAUGAUUUUCCUCCCUAGAUAAAAAUCACCUGUUAAGCUAGAGCAUCCUUACAAUUUUCAAAUGUGCAAUAAAGAAUACCUGUGUUUUAGUUAACGUAGCAUAUGUAUGUAAUUGCUAAAUGAUUUAGAAUGUCAUGAAAAAUACAAACAUUUCCUGUGGAAAUUCUUUAAGAACAUGUAUUUCCAUUAUCCUGUUUUUAGUAUGCACUAGAUAAAUACAUAGCAAUGGUGUUUAUAAGACUGUUACGCUGAAAACGUUUACUAAAAGAUCACUAAACUUUAUCUCCCCUCUUGCUGAAGUUCUCUGUAGUAAUAGUUAAUAAAAAUUUGUUUUAUUAAUAUA